AUGGUGGAAGGCUUGUCUGUUGGAUUUGAUUCUCUUUUCUUCGGCCAGAUUGAUUACCAAGAUAAAGCUAAGCAAAAAGGGGAUAAAAAUCUCGAAGUUAUUUGGCGGGCCUCCAAGCGUCUUGGUUCAUCUUCACAAAUUUUUGCAAGUGCUUUUCCACAAGAAUAUGCACCUCCACCUGGUGAUUUCAACUUUGAAUCUAUUGGCGUUGAUCUUGACGGGGUCCGCAAGGAUCAUCAAGCUAUCAAGGCCAAACUUAAGAUACUCGAGACUGAAAAGGAGGCCAUAAACAAUGUGAUUGCUUCUUUAGAGGAGGAAUUGUGUGUAGUGAUCGAGAAAAAGGAUAAGGCCUAUCACAAAAUUAGUGAGCUGAGGAAUAAACGUGAAGAAGAGAAUACUUGCUUUUACCAAAACCGCUCCCUCUUGAACGAUGCAAGAAGGCUGGCUGCAAGUAAGGAUGUUAAUGCCCUUAUAGAGCUUUCAACCUCAGAGGUUUGUUAAACACUCCAGUUGUCUGAUUUCUAAAUUUUAUUAAUAUUGGGAAGCACAUUAAACGCUUAUAUUCG